AGUCCCUUGGCUCCGCGCCUGCGCAGAGCAUGCCUCACUGCCCCCUUGCCCCUUCCUUCUCCGUCCGCGGGCUCAACGCAGGCGCAGUGUGUGCCUACCGACCGUUUUCUGUUCCCCCGUUCGCCCCCUCCCCCUGUGGGUCCCCCCUCCCGCGGAUUUGUGAGGAGUCUGUGGGGUCCCGUUUGUCGCCGCCAUGGGGAGAAAGUCUAGUAAAGCCAAGGAGAAGAAACAGAAGCGGCUGGAGGAACGGGCUGCCAUGGAUGCUGUUUGUGCUAAGGUAGAAGCAGCCAAUAAACUUGGAGACCCCUUAGAAGCCUUCCCAGUGUUCAAGAAAUACGACAGGAAUGGUUUAAACGUCUCCAUCGAGUGUAAGCGGGUGUCGGGCAUGAACCAGGCUACAGUCGACUGGGCUUUCGAACUAACCAAAACAAAUAUGCAAACUCUGUACGAGCAGAGCGAGUGGGGCUGGAAAGACCGGGAGAAGCGGGAGGAGAUGACAGAUGACAGAGCUUGGUACCUGAUCGCUUGGGAAGAUAGCUCUGUCCCUGUGGCAUUCUCGCACUUCCGGUUUGACGUGGAGUGCGGGGACGAAGUCCUGUACUGCUAUGAAGUGCAGUUGGAAAGCAAAGUCAGAAGGAAAGGUCUUGGCAAGUUCCUCAUACAGAUUCUGCAGCUCAUGGCUAACAGCACACAGAUGAAGAAAGUCAUGCUAACAGUAUUUAAACACAAUCAUGGAGCCUAUCAGUUCUUCAGAGAAGCAUUACAGUUUGAAAUUGAUGACACCUCGCCCAGCAUGUCUGGCUGCUGCGGGGAUGACUGCUCCUACGAGAUCCUCAGCCGAAGAACUAAAUUUGGUGAGAGCCAGCACUCUCAUUCGGGCAGCCACUGCGGAGGCUGCUGCCACUGAGUCUGAACCGCCUCUUUGUGUAGCCCUCCUUGCAAAAGCACCCCUUCAUCUUCCUUCCCUGCCAUCCCCAUCCUCACAUACUCCUUAAGAUAGGUCACCGCCUGCCUCUUAAGUCAAGAGACUUAGACCACGUUCUGGAGUGCGUAUGAAAUUGCUCUCUUCUGUGCAGGAGACACUAGAAGUCAAAGUCCUGUCCAGCUCUUGGACCUAGUGCUCUGACCUCAAACAGGAAGCACCAAAGGUGUGAGUCUGAGGACACUAAGUGAAAGCAACUUCAAAACAUAGGUUAAGGAAGCAGUGAUAGCACAGGGCAUGCAAUGAGGACAGUGAGCCAGUAGCCACUCUCUCCCCUGACACCCCUCCCACCGACCUGGGUGAUGUAAGAGGUUUGGAGCAAGAGCGAUGACACAGCUUUAUUGCCCACAUCUCACUCCCUGCAAACACCAUCUAGGGAUUAGCAUUGUUCUUUCCUAAGGUGCUCUAUGGAGCUUUAGAACCUGUUACAAUGCAAAUACAAGAUUCUGAGCCAAAUAACAGAGGCACAUCUUAGAACCUUUGAGAAUUUCUUUAUGCUUCGUGGGUCUCAAGUUCAAGGUUCCAUGUAUCACCUGUAACACCUUUAUAGUGAUGGCUUCUGCAGAGAAAAUGCAGAGGGCUAUGCUCAAGUUUUGAUGGGAAAUUCCCAGCUCUUCCUGGCUUUAAAAUGUAAAUUAUAACCUGUAACUUUGGGGAUCUUAAAACUGGAUGAAAAAAAACAUCCCUAACAACUUUGUGAGCAAAACUCCUUUCACUUUCUUAGCUAGGGCAAGGAGAGGCUAUUUAGUGUUUUUGCUUCCCUGCAGUUGGUACCAAGUACUAAAAAGACAUAGAAGUGGAUUGUAAGAUCAGCAUAUUGGGAACUUUUCUGCUGAAAUGCAUGUGGCCUGGCAGUUACAUGUGGCAGUCAGGGAUUGAGUGCAGACAUGCAGUGGUUCUCAGUCUGAGGUUGG